GGCCAAGGGGCUGUAUCCAGCAACUCCACGUUGGGUCGUGCGAAUAACAGCCCUUAGCCGUGGUAUUUUGGCCAUAUACCACACCUCUUCGCCCUUUAUUAUUUAAAUAUCCCUGAAGAGACUUCUAUCAAUCUCUAUAGUUCUCACUUUACGGCACCACCUGAAAGCACAUGUGUUUUCGUCGCGUAGAACUUGUGUCUGGCACACUUCACUCCUCCAUCAGCUGAGCUUAUUUGUGGUGCAAAGGUACACUAGAACAUGUCCUUCCGAGGAGGAGGUGGAAGAGGGGGCCGUGGUGGCGGAUUCAACCGUGGUGGAGGAGGAUACGGUGGUGGUGGUGGUGGUGGAGGAGGAUACGGUGGUGGUGGAGGAUAUGGGGGUCGAGGUGGCGGCGGCGGUUUCCGAGGUGGUGGACGAGGAGGUCGAGGGGGCUUCCAAGACUAUGGCCCUCCAGAAUAUGUGGUUGCAUUAGGAGAAUUCAUGCACCCCUGUGAGGAUGAAAUUGUGUGCAAGUGUGUAACUGAGGAGAACAAAGUUCCCUACUUCAAUGCACCCGUGUACUUGGAAAACAAGGAGCAAAUUGGGAAAGUGGACGAAAUCUUCGGCCAACUACGUGACUUUUAUUUCUCUGUUAAACUCUCAGAUAAUAUGAAGGCAUCCUCAUUCAAGAAACUACAGAAGUUCUAUGUAGACCCAAUGAAACUCCUACCACUCCAGAGGUUCCUUCCCAGGCCCCCGGGUGAGAAGGGUCCCCCAAGGGGAGGCAGAGGAGGUCGAGGUGGAAGAGGAGGUCCCCGUGGAGGUGGAUUCCGUGGUGGCAGGGGCGGUGGUGACCGUGGUGGAUUUGGCAGAGGAGGUUUUGGUGGUGGUCGAGGAGGGGGAUUCAGAGGUAGAGGAGGUGGCGGUGGACGAGGAUUCAGGGGUGGGAGAUGAUGACAAACUGUUUGCGUCGGAUCCUCGCCAAGUGUCAAUAGCGGCAGGAAGCAAAUCGUUGCGAUGCCUGAGCUUGGCUCUUUUGAACUUGACUUAUGGAGAACAGGCGUUGCAUCAUUUUAUACUGCUCAGCUGUCAAUUUGUUUAUGUACACCAACCUUUGAUGAAUAAUGUGUGAAUGGUUGGCUUUUAUUUACUGACCUUUGAAUGCACUCAGCAUUCCCUGUGACAGCAAUCAUUAAUAGCGCAGUUGCUUUUGCAACUCUUCAACAUUGUUCACACUGGAUGUUUUUUGGGGGGUACAUUUUGGAUACGUCACAUUGUUUUUCUUAUACUGUUGGCUAUGAUUCAGAGGUUUCAGUUAGACCAAAAUAUGGGCCCCUUGGGGGCACUGGACUGUUUUAUCAAUGUCAUGGUGGAGUGCAAUAGUCAUUUCAAUAUUCAUAAAGCCUGAAACCCCGAUGUUUGUUUGUGGAUGAUAUGAUGGACAUGAGUUCAUUUGUUUUCAUUACAAUAAGUGGAAAAUAUUGUUAUUACCCACAGAUAAUCAAAUGUGAUUAGAGUAUUGCUGUCUUUUUGUAAAGAAAAGCCUUUGAUUAAACUGCUUUGUAGGUCGCUCCAAUUUA